GAAGCGUGUGGUGUCGCAAAAUUUUGUGCAUGAAUUGAUCAAGCAAAGCCGUUCUAAAAUAAUUUUAUAACGCUUUAUCUAACAUUCUGUAAUUUCAGUUCCAGAAAUAAUCUUUUAAAGAAUUUCCAUGCAAUCUAAAAUUUAUUUGAUAUUGUGCUAAAUAUAAACGACCCUGGUCUCAAAAACUUGUUUGGUGAGCUUUCAGGAUCCGCCGAAACUCAAUCAAAUUUGAUCUCUUCUUGGCACCAAGAUGGAGACCAUAGCAGUUAUGCAGGGCUUGAAGACGGCCUUCCAAGAUGGCCGCCGUUGGUCCACUCAUCAGUAACCGGAGGGACACAGGAUCUUCCAUUCAGAAUCCCAUUUCUGUGCCCUCGUCAUCCAUCGCUCAAUACUGCUUCAACGGAAGCCAAGAGCGAGUUUCAAGUCCUCCAGCGGGAACGUCACUUGAAUCCCCCAACCGAUCCCAGAAAGCCGAUAAAGUUGCUUCCACUUCUCCAUCUCUCCAUAAACUCCUGGUUGGAUCUAAAAGCGUUCCAGUCGAUUCCAAAAUUUUAAAUUUCCGAGAAUUUGCUCCGCCAGUUCCUGUGCACUCAGGGUCUCCAGCAAAACAAACUUUUCCUUUACCUCCCGUGAGAACUUCUCCUCUGACUAGCCCAGUUACAAAUUCGUCCCCGGGGCAGAUAUCGAGUUUCAAUUCCAACAUCAGUAACCAUCGGCCGCUGGUCAAAUCCCUAUCGCCUACAUAUUCUUCUUCUCCCCACAACUCUCUUUCUCCUUCCGUAAGUCCCGUUUCAAAUUCUCCUUAUUGCUCCAACCCUUCUUUCAACCAGUCAUUUUCGCCCGUUAAAAGUGCACAAUUCCAUAAACCUUUGAGUGGGCAGCGCUCUUCGCCGUCUCUCCACCGUCAUGCUAGUAGAGCAACAUUUUUGCGAACUCCUCCUAAGUCUCCGCUUCUUUUGACGAGCUCUUCUCGUAAACUAUCUUGUCCGAAAAUAUCUCGAGUUUCUCCGACUCAGUUCAAAUUUCAGCAGUACCAUUACUCCGAAGUUCCCAAGUCAGAUUCCGCCUUCUCUGAAGACAUUUAUGCUUACUCUCCCAUACUCCGUGGAUAUUCUCCGGACUCGCCCGUUUCCCCACCAAAGCUCAAGUCGUCCGUUACUCAAGAUUCUGGUAUCAGUUACCCUUACGGUCUACACAAAUCGGAGUCAUCGUAUUCUGAGCAGAUCAUCCCAUGCAGGCAAACCUCAGUUUUGCCUAAGUCAAGGUCUACUAUCUUUCGGUCAGACUCGGCUUAUUCAGAAAUAGAAUAUUCGUAUUCAACAAUACCUCAGUCUGAGUCAUUCUGUUUGGAAGAGGAAUACGCGUAUCUUUCACUGCCCAAGUCUGAUUCUACGUACUCAGAAAAUAUCCUUUAUUACCAGAAUCAAAAACAAAGAGAUCAAAUCCCUCGUUCUUUAUCAUCUUGUAGUUAUCAAUUUGCAAACAGCUGUGAAGCUGAUGAUCUCCAGUUUAUAGACGAAGAAAUUGGAGUGUCUUUUUGCAGUUCGGUGAUUGGUGGUCGUUUCGGUCGAUACCGAAGCUUGUCUCAGACGUCCGGCCCACGAAGGUCAAAAAGCCAAGCGACAGUUUGUCCAGUUUCCAGCGUGUUUGUGAAACCCUUAUGCUCAUCAAAUCCAAAUAACGUCACCAUGCCUUCCCUCAAAUCGAUAUUCAAAACACCACCCCGUCAGUCGGUUCCUGGCAAAGCUUCUAGGUACGAAAGAACAUCUAAGAAAAGCAUUAGCAAAGAUGUUUCAGCUCACAGUCUUAGGCUAUUGGACACGCCGGCGGGUCCCCAAAACUGCAUUAGGAAAAGCCACACGGUCCUUGCACUGUCCUCUACAAGUGCGGCCUCUAACUGCUCAGCGUCAACCAAACUAUUUCCGGGUGCUGAAGCAAACCAAUGUAAAGUACACCGAUGUCUGAGUAAAAACCUCCUCAAAAGCAUAAGCCAGACUCUCAAUUCAAGCAUUGGCCAGAAUCUCAACAAAUCAGAUCAGUUGAAUCCACCUCGUAAACGCUCACGACGAAGGUCCCAACUUUCAGCCUUCCUGCCGCGGUCUCUGUCGCGUGCGUCUUCGAUAGCUCCGUCUCUUGCGUCUGCUGGUGCGUCGUAUCUCGGUUCCUUCAUCGGGUCUCUGGGGAGUGGCGAGGACGACACCAUCUAUUGUCGUCUCUGCCUCAUGGACGUCUCUGUCAACUUGAUGUGCCAGCUUUCCUUUUGCCAGUGCAGGUUCUGCAGAUUUUGCAUGGCGGAGUACGUGCGCGUGCAAAUAUUGUCAGGACAGCACCGCAUCGAGUGUCCCGACGGCUCCUGCGACGCUCGUCGGGAUGGCGUCGGCGAGCUCACCUCCGACGAGAUCGAGGCUCUCGUCGGCAAUGACUUACUCGCCGUCAGGAAUAAACUCAAACUUGAUGCAGAGGUGACAGCUGAUCCUUUCCGCGUGUUCUGCCCUCGGCCCGGAUGCGCGACUGUCAUCCGACUGAAGCAACCAAAAUUUGCUAUAGAAGCCAAACACUCAAUUGGUCCUCAACCAAAGUCGAAUUUCCCUUCACAAAAGUCUUCUAAAUCCCUUUCACAGUCAUUCGUUUCUUCUGCAUCGCAAUCUAUUCCUCCUGUCCUACGACCGGUUCCUUCAGCACAGCCUACUAUUAUUCCUGUAAAUUCUUUUGUUCCUUCUGUAAGUCAAUUUAUUCCUCCAGGCCAAAGACAACCUAUUCCUUCCGUGCAAUCAACAUUUACUACAGACAAAGAAACCCACGUCAUUCCUUCUAGCCCCGUUAACAAAGCCGAGGCUGCGACCUCUAGAACAAGACGCAUUGGCACCACAGUAAACUUGUACUUGACGUCUCUCCCCGAGACUUCUGUUUUAGCGCAAAAUUCAUCUGAUGCAUUCAUUUCAAGUAGAAAAAGUUUACCUGAAACGUCCCGUACAGGCUCAUCCGAAACGUCCCCAAGUCUGAAAAUUCAACCAAAGACGUCCCUUCCAACGGAACCUAGUUUCUCCAGGAAGUCUCUUUUUAAUAAGAAAAAUUCAGCUGAGUUGUCCCUUCAAACGGGCGCGGCUCAAUUGAUACAAACCAGACCCUUGAUUUACGAGUCUCAUCGAACGUCAAUUUCUGCCGCUCGCGUGCCUUUCUCUGCAAAGAGAUCCUCUGAGAGCGUUCUUCCUCUUUCCCAUGAAACCGUUGAAGUUACUUCCGAAAAUGAUCUCAUUAAUAAUAGUAAUAGCUGUAACACUAGUAUAAAGAAUGACGCGUCAACUGUAUCUUUGACCAAAGCCCCAACUAGUGAGAUAGAUGAGGAUUUCUGUAGGUACGCUGAGAUUGAUGAGAAGAGCGCUAUGUUACCGGAACGCAGAAUAUCCUUGGACGAGGUAAAUAUGAUCAGAGAUAUAAAACGACCUAAAAUCUUGCCGCUAACGUCAUCUCCAAGACCGCUAAGACAAGCGGAAUAUCCUGCAGACCCAGACUUGUCUGCUGCCUUGGCAGGCCUUCAAUCCCCUGCCGAAUACAGGCCUUUUGCCGCGCUUCAGAUGCCACUUGAAUCUUCCUCCGACUUUAGGGUGUUGCAAGGGAUCCCCGAGCAGCCGGACAUCGAAGGUGUCAUGUCAGGGCACGGGGUAACGUGCCCCACGUGUCAGCUCUCCUUCUGCCCCUCAUGUGGACUUGAACCCCACGGGGAUGCCGCGUGUGCUUCCUCCCUGCGCGCGUCCUCCUCUAAAGGCAUCAAGCGGCAGUACAAUAAACUGAUGGGAGUUGACAGCAGCGACCUGCCUGGUGUGAUCAAGUGCUGUCCCAACCCCAAGUGUAGGGUCCCUAUCGAGCGCAACGAAGGCUGCGCACAAAUGCAGUGCCGGGCCUGCAAACACACCUUCUGCUGGUACUGCCUCGCUUCUCUCGAGGAGGACUUCCUUCUACGUCACUACGACAAGGGCCCGUGCCGCAACAAGCUCGGCCACAGCCGCGCCUCUGUGCUCUGUCACCGCCUGCAGGUCAUCGCUAUAUUCGUGAGUGUCGGGCUGCUUGUCUUCGCCGCUGCGCCCCUCUUGGUCUUCGUGGGGCCCUGCGUCCUCUGCUGCAGGAGCAAGAACAAAGAAGCGGCGCCCAACUCCAGUGAAGAUUGUUGAGAGCGGCGGUUGAUAUCUUGUAUAUUGGUUCUCUGCUAUUGUAAUGGUAAAUGAGUUUAUAAAUGUGGCCAGAACUCCAGUGAAGAUUGUUGAGAGCUGCGGUUGAUACCAUGUGAAUUGGUUCUCUGAUAUUGUAAUGGUAAAUGAGUUUAUAAAUGUGGCCAGAACUCCGUUGAUGAUUGUUAAUUGUUUCAUCUGAAGUAUGUGAAUUAGUUACCUGAUAUUAUAGCAGGAAAUUAGUGUAUAAAAGCAGUCAGAACUCCAGUAAAGAUUGUUGAGGACGGUGUUUGAUAUCAUGUGAAUUGAAACAUUUAUAUUGUCACAGUAAAUAAGUUUAUAAAUGUGUUUAGCUUCAUGAAUAAUCAUUGAGAUUAAACUUCCUUUGUAAUGCGCCAAGUUUUUUUUUUUUGCAACCGACUCGAUGUUUGUGUUGAGCGACAUCGUAGUUAUGAAAAAAGGUUUAAGUUUUUAAAAUCUUAAGAAUCGAAGCUUGAAAUUACGGCACAAAUGAUUAAAAUUUCAGUUAUAUUGUAGUUUGGGGUUUCUCAAUGUGCACUCAUUCAUGCAGAAGUGAACAAAACGUUUUUAUCUGUAUUUCUGAACUAACAUGUGUUGUAUUAAAGAUGUAAGCAUAUUUAACCCGAACAUAUUUGCUUUAAUUUUAGCAUUUAAUGUCUAUUGUUGUAAUAAAUGCCAAUAAAUACUCUCAUAUUGCGAAUUAACUUGAUACAGUGUAUUUAUUUAGUUUGUGAAUGGCUUCCUUGUAUCAAAAUACCAUGAAAUUAAGAUAUAUCUAUCUCAUACGACUUACUCAUGUUUGCUCACGUUUUACAGUUUGCAUAAUUUUCUGCUCUAUAAGGUUAUGUCUCAUGUCGUUUGUCCUGCUAGGAAACCAGCGAUUAAGAACUACAAUAAAGGAUCAGUGAAGUUUAUGAAUUCGCUGAACGUAAGUCAUUUGAAUCUGAAUGCGUUAGCUGUGUAGAGUUUCUUCUUGGAAUUUACCAUUUUUAAACGCAGUAAUAACUUGAAUAACCUGGAACCUGAAAUAUCAUCUUCCUUAUUACCCGUCAUCGAAACCAUAGCAGUAGCAAUAAAUGUAUUGGAUUGUCCAGCUCGGCAUUCCAGUCAAAAUAUGUAUCUGUAUGGGUAUGGACUUGCCUAGGUAGCCAGAGAUUGCAAUGCUUUAUGACGAUUGUGUCAAUGCACAAUUAUCACAUUUUUUUAUUCAAAUUUGUAUCUUAAGCGAGAAAUAAUGAGCGCUCUGGAGUCGCGAGUAUUUUGGCAGAGGCAAAUAUUGAGUGCUGUGUUUGUAUCUAGUGUAUGAGCUGGCGGGUGAUAAUCAUGGCAUGAUAAUAUCCAUGGUGCACACUUGUUAAUAUUCCUGAAGGCUUGUUUGCUUAAAAACACUCAACGCAUAACCGUGUUUGAACUACAAUUUUGGACUAUUCGAGUUUGUACGAGCAAAUAUCAAAUACGUAUCUUUAAUAACAAUAAUUUCCCAAUGUACGUUAAUGAAUAGUUGUUUGUUAGGAGUUCCAAUAAUUGGAUGUAGGCCAAGUAAAAAAAAAACUUAUACAUUGCAAAGUAGUUACGAGGCCAACUGUGGGUGUGCAUGCAACGCAUGUGCAUCAAGCUCAAAGUCAUCUCCAUUGUAUAAUCUUACUUUUGUUCGCCUAUGAAUGCAUUUAAAUUCGAACAAACUGCACGUAAUUGAGUAUAAUUCUCCGAAUCAUUUCUCUUCUAGAAGACAGACGUUGAACCGUUCACCUUUCACCAGCCGGUGUGUGUUACUGAACUGAUCUACAACUACACGGCCAUCACACGUAUGAUGGUCCAUCCUUUGUACACUAACUCACACACAUUGAAAUUAUUUAAAUAUGCUAGGCGUAGAACUGCGCGCAUUCACCCUUAUCUUUCCCAUUCUCUAUAGUACUAAGAAAGCCACAGCUCAGUUGCAUCGUGAGGUUGAACAGGGUUGCACUGGCCGCUCGAAAUCUUUGAUCUCUGUAGAAAUAAGUGGAGCUUAAACUUAAACUUUUGUACUUAAUAAAUGCAAUGAUGAUGAACUGUGCUGUUUUAACAGCUGUAGUGCCCUCAACUGCACCCUUAGUGCUUUAUAGUGCAUAAGUCGCCAGUAGUGAGUAGACUUUAUAUGAACUAUCUAGUUAAGAUCGAUAAGCUUACAGGUCUCUUUAGUAUUGAAAAUAUGGCUAUUGUAGGUUCUCAUCCCUCUUAUAUUCAAUGGAAACGAAAUGAACAUCUUGCCCCUCCAUUACUCCUAAGCAACGAGUUCCGUGAGGCUUUUCCUGCCUGGAUAGGGAAUAACUUGUUAGAGGUCAAAUGUUGCUUAGCAUUAUUUUAUGCUAAGCAACAUUUUAUGCCACUCACCCUACGCUUUCGUAACCACAAUUUGUACAUUUGAUUAGCAAUGAUUAAUAAUUUAAAUUUGCCUCUUAGCAAUGUCAUUGGAUCGUGUUCGGCUUAGACUUAAUCCGCUAAUAGAAGCUGCGUUUCCUUGUAUAUUCAAACGAAGUGACGUUUUGGUGUACGGUAAUACUUUAUGUGAGGCGUUGCGUGUAAUUCUGCUUUCUCAAUCGAGAAUUUUGUCUGCCGAUAACAGUUGACCAUUUCUUUUUGUCUGUAUGGAAUUUUUUGGCAAACUACACGAUUUUAUUUCUUAUUUCAUUUCAUCUUCCUUUUGUGUAUAAUUUGGUUUCUAUUUAUCUUAUUUGUUCCCAUAUGCAGAGCUGUAAUUUUGUACGGAGAGGGUCUCUAGUGUGCGUAGUAAACUGAACUAAAAA